CUGUGGUUGUAGGGUGAGUACUUUGCUUGAGCAGUGAAUGCUAUAUUGAUUCUUCAUGCAGAGACGGACAUGAGGUUUUAAGCAGCGAUUAAAGGCACAAACUUCAUGGAAACUGAUUUCACUGUAAUGCUGGAGUAUGGUGAUGGUGAGAGAGAAGCUUCUCCCCUGGACACAGUUGUACUAUGGCUCGGUAAGUUGGGUAUCACGGUUGCUGUUAUCUUUUUGCAUCUGUCGACUUCCGCAAUCUUGGUGGUUCACUUACUGCGGCAGAUUCUCUGCGUUCUGUUGCAAGGCACUGUCAGACCUGAGCAAACAUGGAAUCAACGAGCCUUCUUUCGAAAUCACCAUAUGAAAUUGCAGACGGUAGUUAUCGGAACGUUAUCCCCCAUAUCCACACUUCGCGUUACUCAAUCCUUCCCAUCACCAAUGAACUGAGCUGUUCCCACCUUACAGCCUUUGAGUGAUGCCAUGACCUCUCC